AUGGACGCCACCUUUCUCAAGGAUAAACCCUUUUUUCCCGUUAGUCCUCUUCAGGGGGAGACCACUAGUGAAGAGGCUAACACAUCCACCUAUUCUGUUCCUAGAGAUCUGUUUCUUAAGCCUAUCCCUGAGACAAAUGACUCUGAAGUUGUCCAAGAGUCAGAACCGAAACUAGCUCAAGGUGCCUCUAUUCUUGAUGAUAAUGAAUGUGUUGAAGGUGAUGUAGUGAACUCUAACGAAGUCAGGAUCGAUAGUGGUAGUGAAUUAUCAGGUACUAGAUCCUGCACCAAGCAUUCUAUGAAAAGCUUCUUGUCCUACAGUAACUUGUCUUCAAGAUUUAAGGCCUUCCCUACCAACUUGGAUACCGUGGUGAUACCAGGCGAUGUGUAUAAGGCCAUGGAAGUUCCUGAAUGGCGAGCCACAAUUAUGAAGGAAAUGUGUGCACUUGAGACAAACAGAACUUGGGAUCUAGUCGCUCCUCUUAAAGGUCACAAAACAGUCGGGUGCAAGUGGGUGUUCACCGUCAAAUACAAGUUUAAUAGGACUCUCAAUAGAUACAAGGCCAGGUCGACACCAGGGAAGGUGGUUGUUCUGAUUGUUUAUGUUGAUGAUAUCAUCUUGUCAGGGGAUGAUUCAGCUGAGUUUGGCGGGUUGAAAUAG